CUCCUUCUUCUUCAUCAAUGUCAUACUUAUCAUUAAGUAAUUCUUCAGGAAUAGGUAUUUGUCUUAAUCUGUGUUAUUCAAUUGAUUAAUGUCUCGAUUUUUCUAUUUCUUCAAUUUUAAUUAAAAGAUCGAUUUCCUUAUAAUAUUUUUUAUCAUGAUUUUUUUCUAAAUUAUCAACAUUUUAAAGGUUAAUAAUUUCCCAAUCACCUCCAUACCUCUAUAAAUAUUCUCUUCUUCUUAACCAUUUCUUAUGUAUUUUAUUUCUUUCAAAAAAUUAUUCUUUAAGUAAAUCUAUUUUUUCUCUUUAUUUUUAUUAUUCUAAUUCUUUCAAUUCUUCCACUUUUCUUUUUCUCAAUUCAAUUCUAAUUUUCUCUAAUUCAAUUUAUUCAGGAUUUAGUGUUCUUUUUUCAUCAAAAAAAUGUUGAAUAAAUUAUUCAUUCUUAUUUUUUAAAGCUUAGUAUAAAUGGGAAUUUUAAUAUUCUAGUUCAAUUGCCUUAUUAGGAUCUUCUUUUUAAUUUUUCCAUCUUUUAUAAAAUGGAUAUCUGUAAAUUUAUCUUAAAUAAGCCGCAUCUAUAGGCUAUUAUUAAAAUUUAAGUAAUUAAUUCGCAUAAUCGCUAUCAGCAUAAAUACCUCCAAAUACAUUUUUAUUAUAGAAAUAUUUUUGGUUUAAAUCACAAGGAGAUUCGAAUGUAAUUCCUCUUCGAAUAAAUAUUUCCCGCAUAAAAUCCAUAUGUUUCAUUCUUGCAUUUUCUCCUCCUCCUACAUUUAAUAUUUUAUUUGUUAUUUUUUCUAUUCUCAUUAUUCCAAAUCUAAUAAAUCUUCCUACAUCUCUACAUGUUAUCCAUUCAUAUUCUCUAUUUAAAUCAAAAUGGAAAUAUCUAGGAUCUAAUUACCCUAUAUCUAAUUUACUAUCUUUUUAUUUAUUUUUUUCAUAAAUAAAUAAAAAAAAAUACCGCAUAUAGGUGCUAAACGCAUUAUAGUAUAUGGAAUUCCGGAAUCCUUUAUAAUUUAUUCAGCUUCUAACAUUGUUUCUGCAAAAUGGUCUCCUUUUAUUGGAUUUGGCGUAUCAUUUAUUGUAAUAUAAGGAUUAUCACGUCUAUCUCCAUAGACACUCAUACAUGAAGGGAAAAACAAAUGCAUACCAUAGACAUUGAAAAAAACUUAUUUAAGUUCCUUUAUAAGUAAUUUUGUUUAUUAUAUAUUAGCUAAACGUGAAGAUUAAUAAUUUCUUCUAUCAAUUAAUUUGUUAUGAUUAAAAAAACUUGCUAUGUAUUUUAUAUCUUUUUCUUUUUUUAAUUUAGAGAAUUCCUAUGGAGAUUAUAAACAUGCAUUUAUAUAUUUAAAGCCUAAUUAUUGACUACUCCCAGGAAUAUGAAGGUAUGUUUUAAAACUACUAUCCACUCCUAUAUAAUCUAAUUUAAAUUCGCUUGAAAGUACGGAUUCCAUUGUACUUCCUACAUCUC